AGUGUCCCAUUACUGCAGAAAAUGUAAUAUAGAGACAGCACGAUACGCUACUCCACUCACAGUAACCGUCUGUCAUUUUGUUGCAGAGAUACUCUAUUUAGUUAGCAAAAUACAAAAUAGUCUAUUUGCAUUUCCUUCACUUUUCUCUCCAUUGAUGUAACAAACCAAACCCAACUCAGGUUGAAAAUCACAGCCAGUGCACAUUAGCAGUGUCACAUUUCUGCAAAAAUUAGAGUAGAGAGAAUACUACACCACUCCUAGUAAAGAGUCUGUCCUUUUGUUGCAGAGAUAGUCUAUUUGCAUUUCUGUCACUUUUCUCUCCAUUUGAUGCAACAAACCCGACUCAGAUCUUUGAAAGAUUAACAUCACAUUGGGACAAGUGUCACAUGUUCCCCCUUCAAGAAGAGGAAGAAGAUAGUCCUAAAUUUUGUUGGGGUGCCAAGAAGGGAAAGGGUGCCCAUAAUAAGGGCGUCCAAUUUUACAUGUCAUUCACUUAUGAUGGAGUUGAAUUCAACUUAUAUGAUUGUGUUUACAUGUGUCGUCACGGUGAAACUGAGCCUGACAUUGGUAAGAUAGUCAAGGUGUGGGAAACGGCAGAGCAGAAAAGGAUAGUCAAGGUGGUCUGGUUUUUCCGUCCCACCGAGGUAACUCAUUGGUUGGGUCAUAUCAAGGUGCUUCCCAAUGAGUUACUCUUGGCUUCAGGAGAAGGCAUAGGGCUUUCAAAUCGAAAUCCUGUGGAAGCCAUCACCGGUAAAUGCAAUGUUGUCUGCACAUCAACUGAUAGAAGAAACCCUCGGCCAAAAGACGAAGAUUUGGGAACAGCUGACUUCUUCUUUUAUCGCACCUUUGAUGUUGGAACUCGCCAGAUAUCUGAGAAAUUUCCAAAUUCAAUUGCGCAAAUUGAAGUGGAGCACUUCUUUAAUAAGGUGAAAGAUCAGAAGCAGCCUCUUCAUUAUGGAGGAAAAGGAAGUCUUGAAAAGCCACACGCAUCACUUUCAUUUGGAGGAGCAACAACAAAAACGGCAUUGAAAGAUGGCCAGCCAGGAAGAAACACUCAAUCGAUGCUGCCACCUGGGACUCUGGUCAAGCAAAAUAAAUCCUCCACAAAUGAUGUUGCUAUGGUCAGAAUGGAGCAGUCUUCUAUGAACACAUGUGCGGUAGACAAAGAACUGAAGAAGACAAACGGCACUAGUGCCAGAAAUGAAGUAAAGUAUUCUUAUUGUACUUCGCCUACUAGCUUAUCUGAUUCUCAUGCUUUGAAGAAGAGGAAGCUUCUAGACUCUUCAGGUACUGCACUGUUUGAACAACACAAUGUCAUGCACUCUAAGGGUCAGGUGACAGAAGUGGUAGAAAAAGGUGGACGAGGCAGACAGGGCAAUAUUUCUGAGACGGACAAAACUGUUGCCAGAACUGAGAAGCAUUCAUAUUGUACCUCGUCUACUAACUCAUCUGAUUCUCAUGCUUUGAAGAAGAGAAAGCUUCAAGACUCAUUAGGUACUGCUUCAUCUGACCAACGAAAGGUCAUGAAAUCGACAAGUCAGGUCAUUGAAGUAACAACAAGGGUGAAGGAGGGUGCUAGCACAUGGUUCAAGGAACAGCCAUGGAAUGAAAGACUCCAAGCAGCUCAAGAGCGAGGCACACUUGUGUUACUUGAGAAUCUUGAUCCUUCAUAUGUAUCAGCAGAAGUGGUGGAUAUUGUCUGGCAUGCCUUAGAGCAAAAGGUUAGUGCAAAAAUGUUGCAGCAUAACACCUUCUCCAAUCCCCUAAAUGCAGGAAAAGCAUUUGUUAUCUUCAGAUCAAGUGAGGCUGCAGAGAAUGCCAUGUUUGAGUUGAAAAGGAGGUGCCUAAUGUUAGGUGAUGGAAGGCCAGUUGUUGCUCGAAGAGGAAUAAUAGAAGAGCCAGGGAAAAGUAGAGACUUUCCUGGCCAUCUGUCCAUUGGAAAAAUCAAAUUUCAGAAGCUAGGAGAAGAAAUGAGAAAAGCGGUAUCAACAUCACACUACUCCCAGAGUAACACAAUCGAAAAUGAGAUGGCCAUCGACUGGCGUGUCCUACAGGAAGAGUCUAGCCUGAGGUGGAAAGCUCUACAUCAGGAACAAGCAGCGGAAAUUGAACGUCUUAGUAGCAAGUUGAAGACCCUUAUUUAGAACUCUGUAUAGGAUCUAACGGGACUGGUUUUGUUGAUUUUCUUGUGGAUAUGGAUAUGGGGUUGCGCACCAAAGCACAGAGUAGUACAGAUAUUUUGUUUGAUGAUAGAAUGCAACUUUUUGUGCAGCACAAUAAUGCAUCUUUUAUUAUUCAGUGUGUUGGUGUGAAUUCCAACGUUGUAGGCAGUUAGCUAUA